UGAUGUCCUCCGUGGUCUUCCUGCAUAUCUGCAUGACGAUGACUCCAGGUUUCUUAAGCUGUGGGAUGUGGCGCAGUCUGAUGAACCAAACAUCAAUGACAUAUCGGUUGGGCUCCUCCUGAUCACAGGCAAUUAAACAGAUGCCACGUUCUUCUGCCCAGAGAGGAUUGCUGUUGUGCUUGAGGGCAACAUAGUUGUCGAAUUCUCCACAUUGGCUGAAGCCUUUGUCAUGCUUUUUGCACUGAUGUACGCUCUGCAUUUGAGUUACCCAAAAGACUUGGCGAAUACCUUUGACUUUACCCAGAAAGUCUUGAUGGGCUUGGAGGAUGGGAAACUGAAGCCCAGGGUGUUGAGCCUUAAAAAUGAACUUUUGGCAGUGGAGUAAUCUCACUCUGAACAGAAGUUGCUCCUUAACUUUUCGUAUGCACAGGGACUACUGUCACGGACUUGACCUGGACUGGCAGGAUGGGAAGCAGGCAGCGAUCCCUUCCGGCCCCUGUAUGACCACUCGUUUUCAGGGAUGCUGUUAACACUUGGCCCCCUGACUCCUUGGCGGGUUCUGAAGGUGCAUUGGCUGUCUCUCUCCUGUUGAUGUGAAGUACAGUAGGAUGCCUUUGUCCACAAGUCCUACAGGUCGACCGCCCCUCACAGUUCCGACUCCUAUGCCCAGCGCAUAGGCAGCCAAAGCAAAGUUCUUUCUCUUUAAGGAAGAUCAGCUUGUUUCUAGGUCUCAUAUGUUUGAACUGUUGGCACUGCUGUAAUGAAUGAAUGAACACGCACAACCUAGCUCCACUGCAGAGUCGUGUCCUUGCGACGCAUUCCUCCAUUCUCCAUUAUUCUCCAUUGGUUCCAUAGGUGCAAUGUUUGUAGCAAAGCUGUUUGCGUUGAUCCUAUUUCUUUGAUGGGAAUUCGGCCUAUUAGCAACCUUUGAUUCAGUCAUUCCAAAUGCUAAGUCGCUUAUGUCACCAUACAGAGGAUCUGAUAUUAUUCUGACAUGUCUUUCUAUGAAUUUCACUAGGUCUUUGAACAGGGCUCUGUGUUCGGUCUUCUCUAGUAUGUCAAAUGGUUCUCCAUUGCUCUCGGAGCUUGAAUGGCAGUUUAGACAUAACUGCCCUCAUAUUACUUGGCAUAUCCAACUCUUGCAUGUACUGUAAUUCCUCCAUUACGUUACAACAGCUGCGUAGAAAAAGAGAGUAGGCCUGCAAUGUGCUGACAUCUUCAGUGUUUAUUAUGGGCCAGGACAAAGCCCUUUCUAUACAUGCCACAGCAAUCUUGUACUUACUGCCGAAAUAUUCACACAGCAGCUGCUUUGCUUUAGCAUAACCAUACUCAGGUAUCAUGUGAAGGCAGCUAUGGAUCAGCUCCCUUGGCUGACCCCUAGUGAACUGCUCAAGGUAGUAGAGGCAGUCACCCUUGCUGGCCUUCUCCUCUACUCCUUGUUCAAAUGCUCUAAUGAAGGAGAUAAAUUGCAGAGGAUCUCCAUCGAACAAGGGGAUAUCUCUCGCUGGCAAUGAUGAUAGGCGUUGUUGUUGGAGGAGUGCUGAUGUUAUUUAAUUUUGCCUUUGCAUUACUGUGAGAAGGUCUCUGGAUUGACUUUGAUCUGUUGGUUGAGUGUUGGGACGGGAAUGAGUCGACAUCAAUGUUUCCCUUUCCAGUGUACGAUGACUGUUUGAAUUAGUCCACUCCUUUGGUCGAGUUGCGAGGUGUUGGUUAGCUCCCUGAGACGGCCUUAUAGCCGUUAAUGGGUUAUUGGCUGCUGACAGCGACGUCUGCUGGGGUCUGCUUGGGUGUAUAGGAUUGAAUGCGCUUGCCCAUGGGUCCAAUCUGUUUACAGGUGCUACGUUUCUAGUUUCUCUCUCCAGGUAUGAAUUAAAUGCAUUGGACACCUUUGUCCGGCUAUCAGAGGCCUGUAGCACGGCAAGUUUAGCUGCAGACUCGGCAAGCAUGGUUUCCAGUUCCUGUUGUUCCUUUUUCAUCCUUAUUUGCUGUUCUUGCUCCUCCAAUGCAUGCUUUUCCUUUAGCGCUGCCAUACGGACAAGCAGUGCUGCCUUGUCUGCUUCUAUUAUAACUCUUGCAGAGGAAGUAGUGCAUGAUCCACUACUGCACGCACUCUUCCUGCUUGAGUGUUGGCUGCCUACAUUUGAAAUACUGUCAUCAGGGUUGAUGCCAUCAUCAUCAUCAUCAUUGAAGACAUUUUGUUCAACACUUGAUAUCCAUAACUGCACCUGUGUGAUAAAUUCAGUGAUGUUCAACAUUUGGGCUUUGAACCACACAUCAUGUUUCUCUUGUUCAACCUCAGGUAACAUACCCAUCACAGACUCUUGAACACCCUUUGCUUCAUCACAUACUUUAAGCAGCUCAUUAAAAGUGUACUGGACCUGUGCUUUCUUUCCCUUUUGUAUAAGCUCUUUUAUCUUUCUUUUUAAGAUGCUCGCUUGGUUUAGCUUAGCCCUCCUAUCCUUCUGCAAUCGUUCAAUUUUGUCAGCAAACGCUUUAGCAGUUAAUGUUACAACACGUUUUUCUUUGUCCCCUUGCGGCUCAGCGCCAUUUGCAACAUUGUUCGAAUCAGCUGGUGGCUCAGUGGGCUUGUCCGUGAUUUCAUACAUCUCAGUUCGAAUGUUAGCAACAAGUUCGCAGUACAGCAACGUUUUCCAGUUGGCUUUCGAAACGACGUGUUGAUUUCUGUGCUGGUGGUAGAUGAUAGCCUUUAGAUCCACAGAGAGGUGAAGCAACGUUGACCCCAAUACGAACGCUGUCCUCGCGCUGUCCACGGCUUUGUUGUUGUUGGCUGGAUGAAUAAACGUGAUGUUCCUUCCUCUACAAUCCACGAUUGCAACGUUCUUGGCUCGGUUCGAACGAGGCUUUAGCCUGAUCUACUGCGUCGGCUUCCUGAGAGAAAGCUUUUUGACUUGUGUAUGGGCUAAGUCUACACUUAAAGCCCAGAGGGAUUGCUGACUGAGCACUUGAUUGAUGCGCUUGUUAGAUGUAAAAUAACGUUCCAACUUUGCGUUCUUGGUUAUGAUACUUUAUUUCUCACAGUAAUCCAAUCAAUAAAGGUUUCCAUACAUCCAAACUUGCAUAUUAAUUUACAUGUUGCAGACCUUUGAUGACACAAAUGAAGCGGUCAAAAAGCUAUGUGUGCUCUCCCUCCGUCAAGCAAUACCUGAUACCUGCAUGAACUUUCCUACCUAUAUAUUGUGUGAGCCGAAUUAAGGUAGAGUGCCAUCUAGUGUCCCAGACCAGAUUAAAACAUGAACCCAAAUGGCUCCUACAAUUGUUAUGACAAGAACAGAAGUGGAGAAAUGUAUUAAUAAACGAAAAGUUUACUGAGAAAUGGUUGAAUGAUACAACAUUCCAAAAUACAACAACUCAAAAUACAACAGAUAUGUUGUGUACUGCAAUGUGUAGUUAGAGCUACAAUUAUGAACUUCAAGACAGCAAAGGGAGAUGGUUUUAAGCUCAAAUCAAUUUUGAAUUGGUUAUGCCCACAUGUUUUCAUAUUAUGUUUUGUGUAAUACCCACAGCAUAGUCCUGGCGCCAAAGUACUGCUUUGUACUGUGGCACGCAAACAAAGUAUUGAGAAAGUAUUGUUAAAAUCAUCAAACUGUAUUCGAAGCCUUCACUUGAGAGUAAAGGCUAUUUUACGGAGCAACGGGACCCUGCUCUACCAAACGUAGCCUAAAAUUCGUCACGCAAUUUCUAACAAGUCUCUUCUAGAUAUCUUCACAAGACGUGACAUUCCUGUGUUGAUUUCACUGCAUUUACGCGUCUUCUGACUAAUUAAACACUGCACUAGCUGAGGUUGGCUAUAGUAUAAGAGGCACGGCAUCAAAACCUUUUCCCACUUGUUUCAUUAAAGUUAAACUCUCUCUUCCCAUAUCAGAGACAGGAGAGACAUUUUAAGUGAGCGAUUUCAGUCGACUGAAAGACUAUGGAGGAGUUGGCUCGAGAGAGUAUCCGCAGCAUCAGCAUACUGUCUAAACCUUCACGCGGGUCAGAUGUCCCUCGCCUCGGCUCCUUUGGAGCCAUUUUCAUCAUGUUAAAGUCUGCGCUAGGCGCUGGAUUACUGAACUUUCCAUGGGCUUUCGAGAAAGCAGGUGGAGUGAAUGUUGCCAUAAGCGUCGAAAUGGUAUCCUUGGUGUUCUUGAUUAGUGGCCUGGUGAUCCUGGGAUAUGCCUCAUCAGUAAGUAGGCAAAACACUUACCAGGAUGUGGUGCGUGACGUAUGCGGUCCCAGGAUUGGCCAGCUGUGCGAGGUCUGCUUCGUCUUCACCUGUUCAUGAUCUCGGUGGCCUUUCUGGUGGGUGGUACAGGAUCAGCUUGAGAAAUUGUGUGUAUCACUAUACGAGACAAUAACAGGCUUGACUGAAGCAGAGAUGCCACAUUAUUGGUACAGUGACCAUCGCUUUGUCCUCUUCAUCAUGUGUCUCAUCAUCAUCUUGCCCCUCUCCAUCUCUAAAGAGAUCGGCAUUCAGAAGUACACCAGUGUUUUAGGGACACUAGCAGCAACAUACCUCUCUGUGGCGAUCAUAGUCAAGUACUACAUGAAGGAGGAGCACACUGCAGACCUUACUCCUGAGCACAGCCAAGGGUUGGAAUCAUGGGCUUCAAUGUUCAGUGUCGUUCCUACCAUCUGCUUUGGGUUUCAGUGUCACGAAGCCUGCAUCACCAUCUACAGUAGCAUGGAGAAUAAGAAGCUCUCUCACUGGAUCCUCAUCUCUGUGGUGUCUAUGCUCUUCUGCCUUCUCAUCUAUACUCUGACUGGUGUGUUUGGCUUCCUGACAUUUGGACGGGGUGUGGCCUCUGAUAUUCUGAUGUCCUAUCCCGGAAAUGAUGUCACAAUGAUCAUAGCGAGGCUACUCUUUGGCCUCUCCAUCAUCACCAUUUAUCCCAUUAUUCUGCUGUUGGGCAGGUCUGUGAUCUUGGCGCUGGUGCUACGCUACCGUGACCGGACCUCCAUAGUGACAGACGAGUUCGAGCAUCGCUGCCGGGUCAUCCUGACGCUGCUCUGGGUGGCGGUCACCCUGCUGAUUGCAGUUUAUGUGCCAGACAUGAGUGAGGUCAUCAGCGUCAUUGGGGGAAUCAGUGCUUUUUUCAUCUUCGUCUUCCCUGGUCUGUGUCUGAUCUUCACCAUGCAGACAGAGGCACUGUCUUACAGAACUAGGGUACUGUUCACCGUGUGGGGAGUGAUUACAGUGGUUGUUGGAGUCUUCAUCUUUGGUCAGAGUACAACCAUUGCUGUCAUGGAACUGUUGCACAAAUUCUGAUCCCCCUCAUCUCACUACCACUGUAAAUCUGAGAAUUUACUGGAUCCCCAAAUGUCCUUCACUUUUGGUCAUAUAUAAUGUGAUUUGCUUUGACAUUAAACUGGAGUUUUUCAAGAUCAGAGUUUAUAUUCUAAUCAGUGAUCAGAAUAAUGUCUAAUGUAUACUUCCGGGGCAAACAGACUUCUUUCAGCUCUUUUCAAAUGAUGACAAAAGUGUUCACCAGAGUACAUUCAGUACAUUCUUGAGCUCUGCACAAAAACUAGACUAAAAGCAUGGAGAUUCAGAAUAUGUCAUUAUACAUUUAUUGUAUUAAUUAGACAUUUAUUUAUUAUAUUUAUUUGUAUUGUGUUUUGUAAUGUAUUGCAUUGUAUUGUUUAUUUAUUUGAACCAUAUGUGUAUAGAUGUUUAAUAAGGUCUUGAAACUAAAUGGGGAAAAUAAAAACAUGCUAUUAGUUGAUCCAACAAAAAAACUGCUUAAAAAAUAGGGCAGAUUUCCCAGGAUCAAACUAGAAGUGGCAUGUCUAGGUGUUGUGUUUUAAAUGCAUAGAAUGAAGAUGACCUAAAUGGCAUUCUUUCACUUCAGUUAUAUAGCAGUGACAGGCCAGUCAUAAGCAAGAUCCUGAAAAGUUAUUCCAUGCUUUUUUUUGGAUCCUAUGACCCUCUCUUCACUAGCCACCAGCAGAACUACAUUUCUUACUACAGAAAAAACAACAGCAUGCAUGUUUGAUACAGGCAUGGCCAAAGAGCCUUCCUUGACAUCUGCAUGCACAAGCACACCACCACCAAAUCUGAUGAAUCUAGUAGAAUACUCCUUGCCAUGCAAUGAAUAUUAUACUAUACAACCACGAAUCAAUCAAUCCAAUAAACACCUUUGUGUUCAUAAGAAUGAUGUCAAGAAUACUGAAUAAAAGGGUUACAUUUGAA